AUGCAGAGCCCCGAAUACAUUGGUGCAAAGCUGAGGUAUACACGCAGUGCUUACGGAACCCUCUUCUACGCCAGCUUGCCGUUAGGCGAUGAGCCAUGGGUUCCAGUACUUAUGCAAAACAUGAAUAGGUCAGAUAUAGAACAAGAGAUCGACAAACUUCGUCACUGGCUUCAAACAGCUUCACAUGAUCACGCACAAAGAGCAUCUUAUCUCCACACUUUGGGUAUGACGCUAAUGGAAAAGUUCCAUCUCAACGCGUCGUUUGAGGCCAUCGAUUCUGCAAUCGAGUACCUUCGAGAAGCGGUCAAUCUAACGCCAUUGGAAAGUCCAGCUCGAGCUUUACAGUAUUUGUGUCUGGCUGCAGCAUACCUAUUCCGAUUUGAAAGAUAUGCAAACACGGCCACUGCUGAUAUUGCGAUCAGUCUUUGCCGUGAAGCUAUCAAGAUCACAGGAACGAGUCAUUCUUUGCGUGGUUCACAGAUGAAAGUCCUCGGAGAUGCAUAUUGCAUGAGAUGGAAUAACUCUGGGGAUGUGGCUGAUGUCAAUGAAAGUAUUCGCUACUAUAAGGAGGGGCUCGACCUCGACUUACCUAACAACAUAAUCCGUAUCGACCUGACUCAUGCCCUUGGCCUGGGCUACCUGUCGAGGUACCAAGUCAUAGAAACCAUGUGGGAUAUGGACACCUCUCUGCAACUCCUCCAGGAAGCCUGCGAUGCGACAACAGGUACAUAUCAAAUCAAGAACUGUAUGCGAAAGGACCUCGCAUUAGGCCAUCAAAUCAAGUAUUUGAGGAACCAAGACCCUUUGCAAAUCAACAGGGUCAUCGCCUUGUUUCAAGAAUGUAUCGAUCACACACCGAAUAGCGACCCUAGACUCGCAGUUUGUUACGCGAAUCUCGGAACGGCGUAUUUGGUAAAAUGGCGCAAGGGUGGGUCAUUCCAGGAUAUAGCAAGAUCCAUCGAAAUACUCCAAUAUGCGGUUAAGAUGUCUGAAGUCGAUGACCCAAAUUGCUUAUUGAUACUUGGAGACCUCGCAAAGGCUUAUCAGGAUAUAUUUUCCGAAACAAAGGUCCUUUCAGACAUUGAAUUCGCAAUCGAGACUUGGCAAAAAGCCGUUGACUCAUCGCAUGGCCCAGGACAGCAAGCGACACAACUUCAAUGGAAAUCUCGAGCGGCAUUAGAAAGGUUCAAUUUCACAAAGUCAGUUACUGAUAUCGACAAAAGCAUCAAAUUUAUGCAAGAGAGCUUAGAAAACACCUUGCCUGCAGUUGCACCACGUGCAUAUCGUCUAUUCGAGCUUGGGAACCGUUACAAGCUCAAGUAUAAAAUCACCCGAGACGAGGAAGACCUCACCACUGGCACCACUUACCUUCAAAUAGUGAUACAAGAUCCCUCAAUGCAUGAUUACAUAAAAAUAACGGCCGCUGAGGAUGCGAUGAGCUUUUUUGCAUUGGCCGAGGACUGGAAACAAGGCUACGAAAUAGCCGCUUUACUCAUGAAAUUGAUUCCCCCACUUAUACCUCGUUUCCUGGAAGCAUUCGACGUACAGUACGUACUUAAAGAUCUAGAAGGGGUUGCAUGUCAGGCAGCUUCCAUGGCACUAUAUGCUGGAAAAGAGCCAUCAGUCGCACUACAGUUCUUGGAAACUGGGAGGGAUAUUUUGGCGACAUCUAUUGAAGAUCUGCGCGGCGAGGUCGGCAUUCUGAAGGAAAAACAUCCUGAAUUGGCGAGCCAGUUCCUCGCUCAACGCUCAGCGUUAGAUAUACCCGCCGCAGAAGACACUGACCCCGAGCAACGAUACGAGAAAGGCAAUGUCUUUGAAAACCUUGUCAAUAAGAUCCGUCAGCUGCCUGGCUUUGAAGAAUUCUUACGUGCACCAAGCGAAGAGGCCUUCAAAUUGGCGGCAAGAAAGCAUCCUAUUGCCGUUAUUAACCUCAAAGCACAAUCACGACACCGAGAUAGCAUUAGCAGCCCCGCUGUUCUCUCCUGGCUAUGGGAUGUUGCAAUGAAACCGAUUUUGGAUUUUCUUGGGUUCACCAAGAUUUCCAUCUCCGAUGAGGAAUGGCCAAGGGUAUGCUGGAUACCAACUGGCCCUCUUUGUGGAUUUCCUCUCCACGCCGCAGGUUAUCAUGCAGAUGGAUCCACGGAGGCUGUUAUUGAGAGAGUGAUGUCUUCCUACAGCUCAUCUGUCAAGGCAAUCAUCAAUGGUCGCCACGACACACAGACAACGCGAGACGUAACGGGAAAUGGAUCGUUGCUUGUGGCGAUGGAAAACACUCCUGGGGCCACGAUGCUUCCCUUCGCCACUGACGAGAUCAAUAUGUUGCACAAGCUCCACACAUCCAUGUCACUGGAUCCUGUCAUUGGCAAAAACAAGAACGACAUCUUGUCACAACUUCCACAUUGCAAGAUCUUCCAUUUCGCUGGUCGCGGUUUCACAGACAGCCAGGAUCCUUCCAGAAGCCAUCUGCUUCUCGAAGAUAACGGCAAAAGUGACACUCUGGAAGUUGGAAAGCUCUUGAGCCUAAAUCUUCGUCAAAGUCAACCAUUUUUAGCAUACCUAUCAGCAUGCGGGACAGGUCAGAUUAAAAAUAAUACUUUCCUAGACGAAAAUAUUCAUCUUAUCAGUGGUUUCAGGUUGGCAGGAUUUCGACAUGUUAUUGGCGCACUCUGGGAGGUAAGUGACGAAACCUGUGUUGAUAUGGCGAAGGCCACUUAUGAGGGAAUACGUGAUGGCGGCAUGAGUGACGAUUCAGUUUGUCGAGGGCUCCAUAUGGCUUCGCGAGCGCUUAGAAAGAAGUGUCUAAGCACGCCUAUUUCUAGAACGGAAGGGCGGGUGAGAAAGGACGAGGUUCGGAACAUUGGCUUGACUGGGGAAGUUCAAGAGGAAAGAGCCUCACAACGGGAUAUUUUGUCUUGUGAAGAAGAUGACUACGUGCCAUGUCACUGGGUGCCAUAUGUACAUUUUGGCGUUUGA